GGUUUUUCCCAACCCUGCCCCGACGAAAUCUUUCAGAAUGCCCACCAUCCGCCCCGGUCUCCACGGUGAUGGCCGCUGGAAAGGACAAAGCAUCGUCACAGUCACAUUGAUGCUAUUCGUAUUCGUAAUAGCAGCCAUCUCGGUAUGCACUGUUGAAAUCGUCGCAACCAUAAACUUGAAUGCUAUUGCGGGCACCAUUCUCGGGUUCAUAACGCUCGUACACUCAGUAGUUGACCUAUCCCUCUUCCUCAACUCAAAGCUCAAACCAGUCUAUGUCGUGGCCAUGUCCAGCAUCAUGUUCUUCUUCUGGCUAUCCUUCUCCAUCUGGGAAAUUGUCGAGAUGGUGAUCAUGGGAUACGACCAACACUCCGUAUUCUCCGACGGCACCUACCGAUGCAGCAUUGCGGAUGUUCAAUACUCUCAGGGCACGCCCUCUGGCUGGUCUUGCCCUCUGCCCAAGGCCAGGUUCUCAUUCUCUUGGAUUCUGGUGUUUUUGUACGUCGCGUCGAUCGUUUUCUCGGCGAGGGCAUUAAAGCAGGAGAAGAGGGAUACCUUCCAACGACAGGUGGACCAAGCGGUUUUGGCACUGCAGACGAUUGCGCCACCUAUUUUGGGUUGUCCCCAGUGUGGAGCGCAAAUGCUCCCACAUCUGACGCAUCAACUGUACACCGGCGUACCCAGCCCCAAGUACGUUAAGGUUAAUCCGGAGGGGGCAACGGCGGAUGUCGAGAAGACCCAGGUUGAGUCUGCUAAGAGCUACAUCUUCCCGUAAGCAACAGAUCCAAAGCUGCUUCUUUUUGUCCUUUUGAUGACUUUACGACUUUCGGUUUCCUUCUUUCAAUUUGUUUUUUUUAUUUCCUUCCAUUUAUGGCGAACGGAUUCUUGGGUGGAGAAAGGGUUACGGUUGGACACCGUUAUUCAUAAGUGAUCACUCGCUAGCGAGAGGAUUUCACCUUCAAUCUCGUACUGCUAACCGUGGCGUAUGAUAACGUGAAGGCUUUUUUAUUUCUUCCCUUCUUCCUCUCAUUAUUUGUAACUUCUGGCAGAAUACAGCAUAUUUAUUUGGGAGGUGGGGGCGGGGCAAUUCUCUCUCUCUCUCUUUUUCUCUUUUUUUUUUUUCAGCCUUUGCUGGUUUCAUGCAUCUACCCGGCGGAUCAACAGCAGUUACCGAUUCA